UUAAGCACGGUUUACUGAACUUUACCGGCACGCUGGAAAAUGCGUAAGUAAAACUUAACAGCAAACUAUGUGAGAAACGGCAACCAUUUCUUGUGAAGGCAAACCGGCAAAAAUCUUGGAGGAACGGGCAGGAUUCAAGCGCGCUGCUCGGAAGAAUCGGAAGUGCAUCGCUAUUGGCUAGAUGAGUGUAAAGAUCACCGCAACCUGCCCGCAGAUGAUCUGGGAGAGUUUCGUGAACUUGUAACAUGGAUCGCUGGAAAGGCAGGGUUGCUCUGGUCACCGGGGCUUCGGUGGGAAUCGGGGCAGCUAUCGCAAAGUCUCUUGUCCGGCACGGCAUGAAGGUGGUCGGCUGUGCCAGGAACGUGGAGCAAAUCCAGACAUUGGCAGCAGAAUGCGUGAGCAGCGGCUUCAGCGGCACUCUGAUCCCGUAUAAAUGCGAUCUGUCCGUAGAGGACGACGUGUUAUCCAUGUUCUCCUGGAUCAAAGUUCAUCAUCAGGGCAUUGACGUGUGCGUUAAUAAUGCCGGAUUGGCUCUCCCGGAGCCUCUGUUGGGCGGAAAAACAAGUGCCUGGAGAACUAUGAUAGAUGUGAACGUCAUUGCCUUGUCGGUGUGCGCCCGCGAAGCUUACCAGUCCAUGAAAGAAAACACUCACGACGGUCACAUCAUUAAUAUUAACGGUAUGUGUGGACAUCGUGUCCUCCGCAAUGCUGAUUUACACUUCUACACUGCCAGCAAAUACGCGGUGACCGCUCUCACUGAGGGUCUUCGUCAAGAGUUACGAGAGGCCAAAAGCCACAUACGUGCCACAUCUAUAUCUCCUGGUUUAGUGGAAACGGAGCUAUCCUACCGGCUCUUUAGUCAAAACCCAGAAAAGGCUGCUGCUGCUUAUAAAAGCAUGAAGUGCCUGCAAGCGGAGGACAUCGCAAACGCGGUGGUGUAUGUCCUGAGCGCUCCUCCUCACGUUCAGGUUGGCGACGUUCAGAUGAGGCCUGUGGAGCAGCUGACGUGAACCGCGCGGAGAGACGGAGCGAAACAUCUCUGACGUCUUUAAAGACGAUUGUCGUAAAAAAGUUAGAUUUGUCAAAUGGAUUUUGAAAUGCAUUUUGUGAAAACACUAAACACUUCCGUUUCAUCGCGAUGAUUAUUAUUAUUAUUUUUUUUUACUGCGAUGCCUGAAAUCAUUUAAUGUAGGCUACUGGUGUUAGACACAAUGCUUGAGGUUUGUGUUUAAAAAGUGCCGACUAUAUCAUAGAGAGCUGAUACAUGUCCAUAUUUUAAUGUUAAAGAUAUGGAUAGAGGGAUUUCCUCACCCUCAAAUUGCUCCAAACCUGUAUGUAUUUCUUUUGGAAGAAUGUUGGUAACCAAACAGUUGCCACUGACCGUGCAAGAACAAAAAAAAGCUAACACUUUAUUUCCAUAGUCUACUCUACACAGUGUCACAACAACAACAGGCUAGCAAACACAUGUUGACUAGCGGUCAUUAGAGUACUGGUAGACCCUCUGCUUAAUAUCUUCUAACACUUUAUUUUAAUGGCUUCGCAACAUACUAUGAGAAACUUUGCAAGCAUAUGUUAACUUACACACUAACCUAAACCUAACUAUCUAGUUAGUAAACAUUAGAUGCAAAUGAAUGAGGAUUAGCUGACGUCCAGUUACAAAGUUACUUCUAGUUAGAAUGUCUGAGGUGGACUGCCGAGAUAAAGUGUAACAACAAAUAAAUUUGUCACUUCAAAUAAAAUUCACUGCAAGAAUGUCUAAACACGCAA